UCUUUCUGCUUUGGGCUGUGAAGGGCCGAGAAAUUUUAUUUUUACGGCAAGUGCGUUAAUUAAUUCCAAUUUGACCUCCGAUUCAGUCGGUUCAGUGCCUGGUUUGUUCCCGGUGGUUUCCCUUCCGGCAAGAAGCAUCGCCGAGUGUUCGUAGUGAGACAGCAAUAGCCCAAUUUGUACGGAAAAAUGUUCGAGGACGCAGAUAACUUUGCCGAUUUCUUCCGCGGUGGUUUACCGUACUACUUGCUGAUUACGCUGCCGAUUCUGAUCAUCUGCUCAUCGAAUCCGGUUCUGGCCGCGAGCGAAUUCUCCGUCCAGCGUAUGUCCCAGUACGAUGUCCAGGGAACACCCUUCGGUUGUCGCGCCUCGGCACUGAAUCUGGAGGCCAAAUCGCUCUACUCGUGGCAAACGUCCAGGCACUGUGUGGUCACCCGCUUCCAGGACAUGACCAUCGACCAGUUCCGGGAGAUCCGGGCUAAGGCCGGUGGGCUUGUCAUUCUGCUACCGCAGGACAUCACCUCGCUCAGCCUGGAGGAGAAACAGCACAUUCACCUCCUCGAGCAGGCGAUGAUGCUUCAGGAAAUCUCCAUUCCGGUUUACUUCUCCCGGUACAGUGCCAAAUUGAACGAAAUCAUCAACGAUGUCACGAGAACGACCAGCCAGCGCUUCCAGGCCUCGGCCCAGAAGCGGGACUCGGCACUCAGCGAGAUCCUCGGAUCCAUCUCGGCCAACGGUUACCAGAUAGUGGUUUCCGGUACCAGCCACAGCCCGAGCAAGCAAUCGAAGAUUCCAAUCAUACAGGGUGAGCUAACUCCGACGAAGCUCAGCAAGGCCGCGGCCGAUGGCGAGAGCAAGCUUCCUUUAAUCAUACUGACUGCGCAUCUGGAUACAUUCAGCCUCAUCAAUGGACCGCUGAGAAAUGCCGACAUUGCCGUGCUGUUAACUUUGAUUGAAUUGUUCAGCAAACUGCACGCCAGCAUUCCUAAGUACAGGCUGAUGUUUCUGGUUUCGGAAUCCGGUAGUUUGCUCAACUUCCAGGGCAUGAAGAAGUGGCUGGACAUGAAUCUAGAAGAAAAUGUUCAACUGCAACAGGCCGAGUUCGUUAUCUGUUUGGAUUCUUUCGCCAAAAUGCUAUCCAAUGAAAACCUCUUCAUGCACGUGUCCAAACCACCCAAGGAAGGCACUCCGAUGAAUGGGUUCUACAAGACGCUGAAAACCGUGGCCCAACGCUAUGGAAACGUCACUGUCGAAGGAGUGCACAAGAAGAUCAACCUUGGAGAUACCAUGCUCGUUUGGGAACACGAGCGGUUCAGCAUCAAGCGAGUGCCGGCUUUCACGCUGUCCAAUCUGAAGUCCCACAAAGACCCCCAACGUAACAGCAUUUUCGAGGACGAUGAAGAGGAAGAGAUGCUGGAUAAAUUGGAGACGAACGUGAAAAUUCUGGCCGAAACAUUGGCAAGCUACAUCUACAACCUGCCCACGGAUGGGACUGGUGCAGCGGGCGAAGCCGGUGAGAUCUUCACUGGUUCGAUGGCCAUCACCAAGGACAACAUCCGGCCAUGGUUGCGGGCACGUUCCACUCAGCAGAACAACGAUCUCCGAUAUGCCUUCGAGAAGUACCUUAAGAAUGUGAAAAUCUCCUACGAAAAACCGGACCCUCGGGAACCGGACUUCAUGCUGUACGACGACCGAGAUGGGCUGCUGAACAUCUACAACGUCAAACCGGCUGUGUUCGACCUGUUCCUGACGUUCUUGAUUGUGGCCUACCUGGCUGUCAUCUAUCUGGCCAUCUUCCACUUUCCAAAGCUGUACACCUUCGUGUGCCGUUUGACCGUUAACAAAGUAAAGGUGAACUAGAGAUCUAGACUUCGAGGGCUAGACUUCAGCAUUUCGUUGUAUGAUCAACAAUCGUACAACCCCAAUCAACAUGCUAGGCUAAAAUGAAUUCCACCGAUUAGGACUCGGGACAUCACCUGAACGAGCAUCGGUAAGAUUUUUCUUUUGUUUCACACUUAAUAGCAAAAACAUCAUCAAUUUGGCGAUUGGCCAACUCAAUCAUACACAUUAAAGGGGCCGAUUCGCAAGCGUCGAACAGCUAGUCUGUGCAUUGUUUUAUUACGAACCUUAAUCGUUGCAUUAGUUUUUAGUUUCUCGGUUGUUAGGAAAGCUUAUAGGAAAAAGGUUUUGCAAAUGGAAAGAAAAAGAUUUUAACGAGCAUUCUAUACACACCGACCGGUGCGGAGGGAAGUUGGAGCAAAGUUUAGUGCAAAGAUAUACCCUACCUACCCUAAUAUUUCCUUCUUUAGUAGUAGUGGGUGUGAGAAUGCCUCGCAAAACUAGCGAGAAUGACCAAAACAGACUUCCUCGAUUUCCUCGAACAAAGGAAAGAAUCAAAGAAUAAAGUAAUAUUGGAGUGGAA